AUGAAAUUCUUGGAUUUUGAAUUGAUUUCUCUCUCAAGAACUACAAAAGCAUGCGACUUAUCUACUAAGAUUGACCGCAUUAUCGAGCUCAUUGACGGUGCAAGUUGUAACGGAGAUGCAUUUUAUGACAUGAAACCGUACUUCAUAGAAGUAAAAGAUAAAAUCAGCGAUCAUUCUCUCACAAUCAACGAGGAACAUGUUCAACAAUUAAUGAAGGCAUUAAGAGAUUGGGAGAAGUUUCUGUUACGAUAUACUAAACCUAAAAUGAGAAUUUUUUUAAUUAAGCUUAAUACCAUCGAACAAAUAAUAAGAAAAACAAAAAAACCAUACGAUAAGUUGAAUACUGCUCUUAGAACUGCCAAUAUAUUUAUGACAAAAGAAUCGUUAGAGUACAGCAGGAUAAGUGAGCGACGUUGUCAAGACUCGUUAACUACAACUGGUUGUGCCAAUGGUGCUUUAUUGUCGAACUGUGACAAAGAAAGCCUGACUAUCAAGCCCGAAUUGGUUAAAUUCGAGUCGCCACCUGAUUCUUCUGAUUAUGGUCCUAUAAAGAUCGCAUAUCAUGAGGAGGCUAACCAGAAUGUUGGCGCUGUAAUGCUUAGAAUCGGACAGGAUUGUGAAAGUGAUAUUCAGAACAAGCUUUCUAAGGACUACAAAGCAGCUUAUAUUAGCUCCAAACUGAGUGCCGAUAACGAUUUAUUUGCGAGAAAUUAUGGUGUCUUACUUUAUGAAGGAAUUUACUACGUAGUCAAAGAACUGCCAGAGUUGGGAACGCUACAUGAUUACUUUACAAAGUACAACAACGUUUGCUGGAACAAAAGAAUAACAAUGGCAUCUCGCCUGGCAAGUGCGGUUACUAUUUUGCAUAGUAAGCGUAUUCUGCAUCAUGAUAUCCGUAGUUGCAAUGUUUACGUAGAUAGGUCACACAACGUCAAACUAGGAAACUUUUAUCAUAGCAGAGAAAUAUCCGAUACCACGACAACUCUCGCUGACGAACACGACCAUGUCAGAUGGCUGUGUCCUGAAAAAGUGAAAGAUAGCAAUCUCGAAUACUCAAUGUCUGCUGAUGUUUACAGCUUUGGCAUUUUAAUGUGGGAAAUUUCGUCUUGUAAAAUUCCCUUCGCGGACAAAACUAUCAACGAGGUGUAUUAUAUGUUAAAGAAUUCUGACGAAGUUGACGCACGCCCACAAAUUGUUGAUGGUACACCUGAGAAAUACCAGAAAUUAAUGCAGGAGUGUUGGAGCAAAGACCCUAAGAGUCGUCCGUCAAUGGAUUCUGUUGCAAACCGACUCAAGAGUCUUGAGCAAGAUUACGAAAACAGCAACCGAGAAAUUCCAACCCAAUUUAUCGAAUCCACACAUUCUAACAUAUCAAUUCAGAGCGCGCUUAAUUUACAUAGACAAAAAAAUUACAAAGAAGCCUUUGAACAGUUCAAAUUACUUGCGGACGAUGAUGAAAUCUCCAACUCGGCUGAAGCAAACUAUCGUGUUGGUUUAUACCUUAUUGAUAAAAACGUCGACUAUUACCCGAAAGAUCCCCAAACAGGAAUAGUAUAUCUCAAAAUGGCAUCAGAACUGGGCAGCACCAAAGCUCUUCAAUAUCUUGCUCAAUACAAUAUGGCUAAUGCGUUAAAGUUACGAAAACAGUUAAAAGAUGCGGGAGAUGUUGAAGGUGCAGAAAGAGUGGAACAAGAAAUGAAGUCAGAGUGUUUGCCUCCCUUUUUGAAAGGUGCAGAACUUGGCAAUUAUCGUUGUAUGAAAGAUUUAGCUGAUUACGGAGCAAAGUUAGGAGAUAAGGAGAGUUACAAAAAAGGGGUUCAAAUGCUGAAAAGCGCUCUUACACUACUAACUAAUUACGAGGACUCAAACAUAAUUCAUAACUUUUUGAAAAAGUUACAACAAGAGCAUGGUGAUAAAUUUGAUCAAGUUUAG